GUUAUCUUUGAAUAAGGGUACGAAUAUUGUUAUCGAUAAAUGGAAAAGACGAGUUAUUAAAAUCGAUGAGCUAAAUAGUUCGCUCUCAUUCAGCUAGCACUGGACACCCUUUGGAAGAAAGGAUACUAUUUUUUCUCGAUCAUGAUGUCGGGUGAAUAAUAGUUGCCGCUUAUUUUUGGUCUGCCCGUUUUGUUGUGCUUAAAUUUUUUUUUCUUUUUUUUUUUUCCAGCUUACUUUAACGUUACAGAAUAGAGACGUUGUUUAUUGUCUAAGAAAAGCAGAAAAGAAUACUGAACGGUUACUGAGAACGACCGACAUAUGGUGGUGACACUUUUUAACCAGACCUGCUCGAAUUGUUCAACCAGUCUACCCCUUUUGAAAACAACUGCAACGACAAAAGGAUACACUGACCUCAGUGAAUUCUUAACAAGAGAUUUAGCUAUCAUUCUCUCGAUAAUCAGCUCCUUGGCGUGUAUGAUAGGAUGCCUGGGAAACUCUUUGGUCAUGCUCGCCGUACAGCGAAAUGAAACUUUUCGCUCGUUACCAGACCUUUUCAUCACGAGCUUAGCUGUCUCCGACUUCUUCGUGUGCGCACUGUAUUUACCUAUGCGCGUUUAUUACUUCUCCCGUAGCAUCAGCGAAAAUGGAGGCAGCAAAGCUUUUGAUUACGCGAUAAGUUUCCUCGGACACAUGUCUAUGGUAGCUUCCGCUUCAAACAUGUUUGCAGUCACAAUUGAUCGCAUCAUUGCAAUCAGAUUCCCGUUUAAGUACGUUUUUAUGACAACCAAACAUGCUGUGGUUCAAAUACUGCUCGUGUGGAUAGUCUCUCUUGCAUUUGGUGUCCUAUAUGCUCCUAAAUCAGUGUCCAACAUGUACAUCGCCCUUUAUUGUUCAGCUCUCCUAAUGGCAACAAUAGUCAUGUACAUCUAUAUUUUCAUCAUUGCUAAACGUGCAGAAAACAGGAUUCAGAACACGCAGUCAACACUGGACAGGACUGUGGCUGAGAGGAAAGUAGCCAAAACAGUUUUCACUGUCGUGGGAGCGUACGCUUUGUGUUGGCUGCCCAUGCUUCUUCUCCCAGCAAUCGCCAACCCUUCAUCGAACCCAGCUCAGUUUGGUAAAGGAUUUUUCUGGGCUCAAACCUUUCUGGCCAGCAAUUCAGCAAUUAAUCCUUACAUCUAUUGUAUGAGAAGCAAGAAAUAUCGUGUGGCAUUUGGUAAAAUUCUGCGAAUACAGCAUUGGAUUGGUCAUUAAUAAUAGAUAUGAAAGCAAAACGUGCAAAUUGUAACUUCGAGUCAGCUACCUCACUAUCCAUUUUUCAUCAGAGAUGAGCGGAUUUUAUUUGCUUCAACAAACAGAUAACAUGUUAAAUAGACUCUAACUAUGAUAUAUGCGAUAAACUUGGAAGUAGCGUCCGAUAAAUGUUAUUGUGGAAAUACUCUUAAUUCGCCACAGUGUUGUAUUUUAUCGACACUAGUUUCUAAGAAGCUGAGAAAACAUAGAAAAUUUGUCCUAACUGAAAACAAGUAUAAUUUAUCCUACAGGACUCUAUAGCUCUUCCCGUAAACAGGAUCAUUUAAAAAGCAUUGGAUUUGACUGUUUGACAAAGCCAUAUCCCAAAGAAAAAACUGUAAAGUUGCGAAAAAACCGAUGGCAGAUUUUCCGAGACCGUUCCCAAAAGCUUUUUAACGGGAUUUCCCCUUAACAUUAAUAUAAUUCCAGCGAUUGCCACGCCACGCCUCAAUUUUAAAUCUCACUCUUUUGGUAAUUACAUGCGAGAGAAUCUUUCGGUUUCAAAGGGGAGUAAUUGGUUUUUGAGAGCUCUGAUUAGUAGCCGGUUAGGAUCGGUUAUUGAAACGGGGUCUAAUUUGAGCGCGGUUUUUGACGAUCAAUGGACCUCGAAAGUUCUUCAUAAGUGGGGCUUUUGGAGUAAUUAGAUCUACCUUUUAGUGCUGAGUUAAAUAGGAGCCUUUUUGACAGAGUCACAAAAACUCAACGUUUAGGUUAUAUUUUCCGCUUGAUCUAAGAUUGCUUAGAGCGCGGUUUGGAUAGAGAAGGGUUAAACUUUGUUUUAAAAACCGGCCCUUCGAGUUUGGAAAAACUGUAUCCAGCCACCUUUAAGAUAAAAAUAGUUGUUCAACAGCCAUGGAAAUUCUAUCUUUAAGAUGCAUUUAUCUCAAAAUGUAAAUAUACCUCACGUGAUUAAGCGGGAAAAAUAAAGCUUAAUAAUUUAGAAUGGGUUGAAAAGCCCAAAUGUAGUUAUACAAAGCCGAACUGUCCAAAAGUUCGGCGUCACCCACUCAAUAUUAUGCAAGAACAAAUAAGAUCAGCAUUUGAAAAAGACGUCUUAUUCCUAAAGUCUCUUACUAAGAGAUAUUUGUUACUAAAUUUCAAAUCGAAAGGAAAGGUAAAGAGACCGAUUACUAUGUAACACAAGAAAGAAAUGUUAGAUUUAUUCACUUUACCAGUGAGAAUAUUAUUUCAAAACUUUACAGCAUUCGUAAAAUAUAAAAAAUCAAUUCUAAAACAUCUCGCAGUUUCCGCUUACAACAGGUUUUGGGUCUCGAUUGUCAACGUCCUUUAUCGCUUAAAAGAGGUGUCCGUCUAAUGUACAGUUUUUGUUUUACAAUAAAUUUGGAAAGACAA